UCAUGCAAAAAAAGAUGUAACGGAGAUGUAACGCAAUACAAUUUCUCCACAAAACUAGUUAUCUUUGGUACCUAGUACCCCUGGUACCUGCAAAUUUCUACUCAAACGUUGUUUUCUUGCCAAGAACUUAAUGACGCAGUUGUUUCAUUUAGCUGUUUAUCAAAGGAGGGUUCAAGUCGAACAGAACGUCAAUUUGUAAAGAGCUGCCAACAGCCAUUUUUCGCGGGAAACUCAACUUUCCACGGGCCGGGCAAAAACACAACAAGGAACAACGACUUAGCAACACUGAAGGUCCACAGUAAGGGAGUAAUCGAAGGACGUCGACAUAAUAUUUUCUCUGAAAAUACAGCAGUACAGUACUUAUUCUAAAGCAGCUGCAGCAAGCCCCUUUAAGGAUUGUCAUUUUCGUGUACACAAAACUGACUUUUUGUAAGUUACUUUCCGAGCAGUUGCAACGAGAUGGCGCUGUUAAAGAGGAUAAUAAUUUUUUUCCUAAUAUUCGCGGCCUGCACAACAUUUCUUCCGAACAUUCAAAACUUCCUUUCUCAAGUACUGAACGUCCUUCGUACUUGGAUGCCAUCUGUUGUGGAUUUGAUGGAGGAAAUUGUUGCCGGAAUACACAAAUACUGCACUGAAAGCCUGCUGAAAGACAUAGAGAGAAUUGUCGCUGUACUCACUGACUUGAUUGCAAGCGUCGUUCAUUUCUUGCAGCCGGCCGUCAGCAGUUAUUUUGAAGUUGUUACUGACAGUCUGGUUGCCCUUCAUAACAAUGGCAUGGGCUAUACAGACGAAAUUCUACAGCAGGUUCUGGGCAUUGAUGGAGCAGCUUUGCCAAAUCAAGUAGGAACAGCAAGAAACAAACUACUGUCACUGAUUUUAUUUCUUUUCUGGAUCAUCAUGGGUCUCAUAUGUUUUUCCAGACUAUCCUACAACAAGUUCUUUCUCUUGAUGUCCAGUACGUUCCUUGUGCAUGCCUUCUUUGGACCGGUCUGGUGCAUACGAAGACUGGCAUUUUGCAUCGGAGUUUGCUUAUGGAUAGGUUCUCUGGCCUCGAGUAAACCAAUUCCUGCUGCAUUUACUGUUCUGAUUGCUUUCACUUUGACCGGCUUCAGAAAAUGGAGGAAGAAAAUUGCUAUGACAACAAAUACAAGUCAUCUCUUGAGAUUCAAUGAAAACAUUGAGCAGAGGCUGGAUGGAAUAGAAAAGAAAUUGGAUAUUUUAGUAGCAAGGCUAAAUACCAUCCCCGAUGGCUUAUCCAGUUGAAAGUUGAAUCAUUCAGUACAAAUGCAGUUGUUUAAAAAAUUUGUACUUAAGCUGGUGUUCCUGUGGCCUUGUCACUCGAAAAUUUGUUACUGCCCCAGUAUUAAGACGUUCUCAACAGUUCCACUAGUAGUACAGUAACAUCAGUAGCCCAAGACUAAAAAUAAUAAUAUAACACUACACAAUGAAUGGCCCCAGUCUGGGCUUGGCCAGGGCUCACCGUAUAAAUCUACUAUGAAUAUUUAGCACCAACAUGUAAUCUUGAGGUUUGAAGAUUGUGAGUGGAGACAUAAGAGUUGUAAUUUAUUAUUUUAGAAAACAGCCAUUGAAAUGAUAUAUUUCUAGAAUUGGCUUACAGACAAUUUAACAAGUUUAUAGCACAGUUAUUAGUCAUUUAGGUUAUGAGAAGUCAUGUGUAGCCUCCCUGAGUGACAAACAAAAGGGAAACACCCAAAUUUGGAGAAGGCAAAAUAUUCAAAUACAAAAUGAGAUUGUGAAUAAACUUCCUGACGUUUUGUCAAAAUUAGCUAAAAUUAUCAUUAUUUUCGUAGCCUACAGGCUAGCAAAAAGAAAUUCAUAAAGAUUUUGAAAAGCAUGUUUAAAAGUAAAACUACAUGUAUCAUGAUUAAACAAUUUUUGCAAUGAGAUUGCCUUUUGAUAUUAUUGUGAGCCUACUCAAGUGGAAUUUGCUAAAAAAUUAAUAACAUGUUUUUCGUCCCAUCGGAAAAAAAAACAAAAAAAAAGCAUGUUAUUAAUUUUUUAACAAAUUCCCCCUUUUUUUUUUUUUUCGUCCCAUCGGAAUUGGAUUGGCCACAUGCUCAGAAAGGAGAGGAAUGAUGACUGCAUGGUGGCGAUGGAGUGGCAAUCUGAAGGGAAGAGAAAAGUGGGAUGACCUAAAACCACAUGGAGAAGGACGGUGGAAAAAGAAUCCAGGCAAAAGAGAUGGUCCAGCUAGGCGGAGGUCAGGGGCGCAGCGCAAGACAGGGCUAGUUGGCGAGAGACAGUUACAGCCUUAUGCACCUCAUGGCGUAAAGAUAAAUAGUUUAACUUUUCGUCCCAUCAGGGUUCUUCAUUUUCAAAGCUUUUUAUGUGCAUUCAUUUGAAUAAAUAACCCCCAUUUGUAACGCUUUUGUAUGUUGUUUUUGUUCAGAAUAAUAAUUCUAUGGAAGUAAAAAAAAUCCCAGGGGGUGUUCUAAAAAUUUUUGUACAGGGAGGUUCUGCACCGAAGUCCAACCCCUUACCCUUUCGUACACCACUUUGACAGAAAAAGUACCACUUUCACAUACCUUCGCAUAAUUUUGUAAAUGUCUACUAAAUGUGGGUAGUUACUAUAAAAGGGUUUUUAUUUUCAAAGAAAAUGGUGAAGAUGGCUCUUUGCCCUCUCAGCAGAUGAAUAAACAAAAUUUACUUAGACUUAAUCGUAAAUUACAAAAUUAAAAAAUUUGAAAAAAGAGUACCCAUUUUGAAAAAGCCGCCGC